CAUUACGUAAACCCGAUGACUUUAGGAACCCCUAGAACACGGUUCUUUUACAUCGGAACCAUUAGCAAGAGAGUACAAAAUGGCCAAAUCUACAGAAAAGAAGGGAAAAAGUGCUAUCAACGAGGUUGUAACUCGUGAAUACACUGUAAAUCUUCAUAAACGCCUUCAUGGAGUUGGAUUUAAGAAGCGAGCUCCAAGAGCAAUAAAGGAAAUCCGUAAGUUUGCUGAAAAACAAAUGGGAACUCCAGAUGUGAGGAUUGACACCCGCCUGAACAAGCAGCUUUGGUCCAAGGGAAUAAGGAAUGUACCAUUCAGAGUUCGUGUCCGAUUAAGCAGAAGAAGAAAUGACGAUGAAGAUUCAGCUAAUAAAUUAUACACACUUGUUACAUAUAUACCAGUAGCUUCUUUCAAAGGUUUACAAACUGAAAAUGUCGAUGCAAGUCAGGACUAAAUUCUAAUCAAUAAAUAAUUUUCAUCAAA